AUGAACAUGGACGCCCUCACCAACCACUACCGCGACCUCCUCCUGCAGUACUACGAGCGCUACUCCCAGCAGCUGCUCGACCGGAUCCCCGUCUUCUCCACCACCACCUACGUCCUGACCGUCCUCGCCAUAUGCAUCCCCCCCAUAAUCGCCCUGAUCGUCUACGAGCGCGAGCAGGCCAAGUUGCUGGCCGAGCAGCCGCAGGGAUGCCGAAAGCUGGGAAUGAACAUCGAGAGCAAUCUCCUCAAUGAGUUCGACAAGAAGUUCUCCGAGGGCCGCCCCCCGAGCACCGAGGAGACGUCGGCCGAGUGGUGGCGCCUGAAGAGCAUGUGGAUCUAUCCGGUUAAGAGCUGUAAAGGUGUCGAGUUGAACAGAGGAACCGUAAUCGCGACCGGCAUGGAGUACGACCGCCAGUUUACCUUUGCUCAGCUCAAGAGCCCCUUCCCCAUCGCGGAGAACACCCCGGAGAAGGAGAAGGCCGCCCAUAAGUGGGAGUUCAUCACCCAGCGACAGUUUCCUCUGUUGGCCAGGGUGAGGACCGAGAUGUGGAUGCCGGAUCAGAGUGUCGACUCGUACAAACCCCAUGCCGAGGACGUCGAGAGCGGCGGUGUCAUCAUCAUGAGUUUCCCAUUCCAGGAGCCAGGCUGGAGAGGCAAGGUGGCAAAGUGGGGUGCAUCGGUGAUGGGCAAGGUCCCAGAGAAGCAGUUCAGAGUGCCCUUCGACCCAACCCCGGUUCAGAUCGAGAAGGCGGGCUAUUCCUACGAGGACAUGACCAUCUGGAAGGAGACCGUGCGUUCGUUGAACUUGGAGAUCGAGAUCCCCGAGGAGCUGAGAUAUUAUCUCGGCAUCAGCAACAAACUGGGCCUCUUCAGAAUCGACAACUCCAAGUUACGGGAGGUCCACCGAAAUGCGCCCAAGAAGGAGACCCUGGGGUAUCAACCCGUCACCGGAUUCCAAGACGCGUAUCCCCUCCAUAUGAUCAAUCUUGCUAGCGUCCGUGACGUCGAACGCAAAAUGGGGAUGGGGAAAGGAGUCCCCCGUCUGUCCGCCAACCGCUUCCGCGCCAAUCUCAUCAUCACCGGCCCGGAUGCCUACCUCGAGGACAACUGGCGCCGCAUCAAGAUAGGAUUCUACGAAUACGAUGUCUCAUGUAGGACGGCGCGCUGCAAGAUGCCCAACGUUGACCAAGCCACCGGAGAGAAGCACGCCAGCGAGCCCGACCGCACAUUGAGGAAUUUCAGGGCCAUAGACGAGGGUACGGGUCCAAAUAUCGGGUGCCUGGGCGUGCAGAUGGUUCCUAUUUCCCGGGAGAGCGCGUUACGUGUCGGUGACGAAAUCACGGUUCUGGAGACGGGAGACCAUUGCUACAUCAAGCAAUGA